GGUCGGUUGCAAGAGGAAGGGAAGGUGGGCAGAGGGGCUGCUGGCGUCUGGUUGGCAUCCUUCGCCCACCCAGGCAGGCUGGUGGCCCCGGCUUCUCCAGCCUUCCUCCUGCGCGCCUCCUGCGCCCGAUCCCGGCUGGGUUGGGCUGCCUGCUGGCUCCCCCAAGCCAGGGCGAAGCCAAGAGGGUCCGUGGGAAGAGGGCUUCUCCCGCCAGCCAUGAGCAGGCACGGCUCGGGCUCGGCGGCGGAUCGCAACAAGGAGCCCAUCCUGGCCGUCCUGCGGGCUUACGUGGGCACCGGGCACCGCCUGCAGGUGCUGGAGGUGGCCUCGGGCUGCGGGCUGCACGCGGCGCAUUUCGCCCAAGCGCUGCCCAACCUGGAGUGGCAGCCUUCCGAGGUGGAUCCCCAGGCCCUGGCCAGGGCUUGUUCCAGGGAGCUGGAAAACUACUCAAACCCAAAGCAGUGAUGAUCACCUAUGGACCCUACGCGGUGAAUGGUUUCAUCACUCCACAAAGCAACGUGGAUUUUGACUACAGGUUAAGGCGGAGCAAUCCAGCUUGGGGUCUCAGGGACACCACUGUUCUGCAACAGCUUGCUGAGGCCAACGGGAUGCAGUUGGAAGACAUG